CCUCUCCCCACGGGCCGCAGCAAGGCACGGAGGGGGUUGUAGUCCGCGGCGCUGCCUACACUUCCCAAGGUGCCCGCGCCGCGCAGAGCCGGGGCCGUGGGUGCGCGGCACCUGCCGCGGGGGGCGGCGGCGGGCGGGGAUGGUGCCGCCCGCGGGGGCGCGGUGACGGGCGGCGGCGACGGGAGCGGCGGGGAGCGGCCCCUCUGGCACGCCAUGAGCACCGGCACAGUUUCACAAUCACAGGCUGUGCACAGCCAACUGGAGAAGCCAUCGAGUACUGCAAUUCUCUGCCAUAACUGUGGGGACCCAUGCAAAGGAGAAGUUUUGAGAGUUCAGAACAAAUAUUUCCAUAUUAAGUGCUUUGUUUGCAAAGCUUGUGGAUGUGACCUGGCUCAAGGAGGAUUCUUUGUGAGACAGGGAGACUACAUUUGUACUUUGGACUACCAGAGACUCUAUGGCACACGAUGCUUCAGUUGUGAUCAGUUCAUUGAGGGAGAAGUGGUCUCAGCACUGGGCAAAACCUACCACCCAGACUGUUUUGUGUGUGCUGUCUGCAGGCUGCCUUUCCCUGCGGGGGACCGGGUGACGUUCAACGGGAAGGAAUGCAUCUGCCAGAAGUGCUCCCUGCCCCCUGCCAGCACCACUGGCUCUUUCCCUCUACAGAACCUGCGAAAUUGUGGGGGCUGUGGUUCAGAAAUCAAAAAUGGGCAGUCCUUGGUUGCCUUGGACAAACACUGGCAUUUGGGCUGCUUCAAGUGCAAUAUAUGCGGCAAGCUGCUGAACGCAGAGUACAUCAGCAAGGAUGGAGUUCCGUACUGCGAGACCGACUACCACGCAAAGUUUGGCAUCAGGUGUGACAACUGUGAAAAGUACAUCACAGGAAGAGUGCUCGAGGCAGGAGAAAAACAUUAUCACCCGACGUGUGCACGAUGUGUCAGGUGCAACCAGAUGUUUGCAGAAGGAGAAGAAAUGUAUCUUCAAGGUACAUCCAUUUGGCAUCCAGUUUGUAGGCAGGCUGCAAAGGCUGAAGAAAAAAACAAGGAAACAAGGACUUCCUCCGAGAGUAUUAUUUCUGUACCUGCUUCAAGUACAUCAGGUUCCCCAAGCCGAGUGAUCUAUGCAAAGCUUGGAGAUGAAAUUCUUGACUACAGGGAUUUGGCUGCUCUUCCUAAAAAUAAAGCCAUCUAUAACAUUGACCGCCCAGACAUGAUCUCCUAUUCUCCAUAUAUCAGUUACUCUUCAGAUGACAGGCAUAGUUACGGGGAGUCACCUCAGUUGCUCUCUCCAGCACCUACUGAGGGUGACCAAGAUGACAGAUCUUUCAAGCAGUACAGGACAUCAAGUCCUAGCUCUGCUGGCUCGCUGGGCUAUGGUCGCUACACUCCAACCUCCCAUUCUCCUCAGCAUUACAGCAGACCAGCUGGUACUCUGAGUCUUGGUACCAGUAGCUGCAUCUCCCUGCCCCAACACCCAAGCCCUACAUCUGCAUUCAGACAUCAUUACAUCCCUUUCUUCAAAGGCAGUGAAAGUGGCCGGAGCACUCCGAGCUUAUCCAUGUACUCAGACAGCAAAUCUUCACCUUCUGUCUAUCAGCAGGCUCCUAGGCAUUUCCAUAUUCCAGACACUGGCGUAAAAGAUAACAUCUAUAGGAAACCUCCUAUCUACAAACAGCAUGCAGCAAGAAGAUCAGAAGGGGAGGAUGGCAGCUUGGAUCAAGACAGCAGGAAGAUAAAGACCAGCUGGCUUAUUCUGAAAGGGGAUGUGGACACCAGGACUAACUCCCCGGACCUGGACACACGAUCCCUGUCUCUCACUCCUGGAUCUGAGCGAGAGAGCUUCCCACGGGCGCAGGAGGGCACCACCGCCGGCUACUCCCGGUUUCCCUAUUCCAAAUCUGCUUCUCUACCUGGCUAUGGAAGGAAUGGCUUACAUCAGCCUGAUAACAUGAGCCAGUAUGAAACGGACCAGGAGGCAAGCUGGGGGAUGAAAGAAUACAAGGUAAGAAGGGCUUUUCCUCCACUGGAAGAACACUCAGAUUCAGCUCUUCCUAGCAAGAUUUAUCCUUAUGAAACCCUGAUUGUAACCAACCGAGUUCGUGUGAAGCUGCCGAAGGAUGUGGACAGGACCAGGCUGGAGAGGCAUUUGUCUCCUGAAGAGUUCCAGGAAGUCUUCAAAAUGAGCAUCGAGGAAUUUGAUCGUCUGGCACUUUGGAAGCGGAACGACCUGAAGAAAAAGGCCCUGCUUUUCUAGCCCCUCCCAGAUAAAAAUAUGUGCUUAAUCAAACCAGAAAUAGUCUUGCCAGAACUAUCACGUGCACUUGCUGUUGAACCAUUGUCCGGCUUCAUUGUGUCAGUUUGUGUUGGGGGAAACAGGACGGAUUAGGUGGCGGUGCGUGGGGGAUGCGGAGGGUUUGCUAACCUUGCACGACCCGUUGGUUUUGUCAGCGGCUCCUGGUCCUACCCGGUUUACAGCCUGCAAAAAAACUCUAGCUUGGGAUUUAUCAUGGCUUGCAGUUAUUGCCAGGUGCAAUCAGAAAUUCUGAAAGGAAGAGAAAAAGAGGGAAAAAAACAACCAACCAACCAACCAUCCAAAAGCGUAGCUGUGACAACAGAAAUGCAUCCACCGUUUCGUUCCGUUGAGUUCGACACCACCAUUCUUGUCACAAACCAUUUCCCAGCAGGCUAUCACUUGCUGCUAAAAGUAUGGGAAAAGCCAAAGAGAAGCAUGGCCACAAGCAAUUCUUGCAGCUGGUUUGGCUUUUUUUUUUGUGUGUGUGUGUGGUACUUUUUAAUAAUGAAAGCAGAACUAUGGAAGCACCUUAAUUCUAUUUCUUAUAUUUAGACACAGCCUACUCUCUAGGAGGUCGUAUUUGCCUAGAAGGUAACGAGCUAUCUUUAAUUACAACACCCAGAGGAUUUAUUUUAUUACAAAUAUAUUGUGACAUGAAGCAACCCUAAGGAGGAAAAUGUGUGCAGACCUACUUAAAAAUGUUGUCCCAUUCAUCAGGAAAACUGAAGCCUUACUCAGAAGUGGUUUGAGAGUGUGUUGUGCCAGCUGACUGUGUUUUCCUACUGGCCUGGGGUGUCUGGAGAACUUGUUUUAUCUGCAUUUCCUGCUGAUCAAUAUACCAUGCAACCAUGAUUAUAUGGAGGUAGAAGCUAUCUGCCUAGCUAUCUAUAAAAGGAUUCUUUUCACCAAUGUAUAUCCUAAGUAAAAACAUUCUUCCUCCACUUCCUGGCUGUGCACAAUUAGCCAUGGGAUCUGUGAUGGCGAUUGGUAGGUGUGGGAAUGGAACAGUUCAGCAUAAGAUGUAACACACAAAAAAAAAGAGCUUGGUGUGCUCCUAUCAGUAAUACAUCCACUUAUAAUCUGCUAGGUGGAAGCCUCAUGAAUUA